CCUCCUCCUCCUCCCCCCUCCUCCCUCCCCCUCCCCCUCCCUUCCGGCCCUUUCCCUCCCCUCUCCUCCCUCCCUCCUCCCUCCCCCCUCCCCUGCCCUCCCGUCCUCCCCCCCUGCCCUCCUCCCUCCUCCCGGGAUCUGCUGGCCGUCCCCCAGUGCGCCCUUCUUUCGACGCCUGGUGUGGCCGCGCUUCUGCGGUGCCCGCGGACUCCAUGGCCAUGCCCCUCUUCCUGCCGGCGCACCUGUCCAAGUACAUCUCGCGGGCUGGACCCGCGGAUUCGGCGUCCGUGCCGCUCCUGGACUGGGUGCCGAAGUGGGUCUCCGCGGCUCGAGGGGAGGACGCAGGCAGUUCCCCCCUGAGCCUCACGACCGUGGACGCGCUCGCCCACUGGUCGAGGCUCAUGGACUUCUUCGUACUGCCCGCGGUCCAGCUCUUCCCCAGCCUUGCUGGGCUCUUUGCUGCGCUCAGCUCUGCCGAUUUCGACGGCAUCAGCGCGGAGAUGAGGCGCCACCGGGCGAAGAGUCUGCCGGAGGCGGCCGCGUUCUGGUCCCGCGCCGCGGCGCAGGCACUGGCGGCCAGGUAGUCGUCAACGCGCUGGCGCCGUGGCUGCGACACGGUCGGCCUCGUCCUCCCGCCAAAGGGGACUGCGGCUGGAAGCGGGCGCCUUGUCCUCGUCGCCCUCCUCUCCCCUCCCUCCUCUCUCAGGCCCGCCUCCCUACUCGCCGCUCCCCCGCGUCCCUCCUCCUCCCCGUCCUCCCGACCCCCUCGCUGGCGCGAGCACGGGCGGGGCCGCCGGGGAGCACCCCCGCUGGAAGCCGCCGGCCCCCAGCGCGGGGCGCCCGCGCGGGGGCGCCGGAACACAGCUCGCGUGCGGUGCCGCUUUGUGAGGAGUUUUCUCAUUCAUUGUCUUGCCGAUCGGCGCGGGCUCUCGCGCUCCUCUCCCCUCCCCGCCCACGGAGCAGGUCUUGGCUGCUUUUGGCGCCCACUGCGGCCGCUGGCUUCCAGCGCGGGGCGCUCGCGCGGGGCGCCGAAAGACAGCUCGCGUGCGGUGCCGCUCUGUGAUCUUUUUCUCAUUCCUUGUCUCACUAAGUCAAAGCAGAUGCCCAAUCCCAAAAACGCGAGGGC